GGAUAGGACAGGAAAAUAAACAAUCACUUUUCAAUCAAAUCAAUCUUCAAAUCGCAUAACUUUUUUCUCUUCUCUUCUCAUCUUAACAAUUAAACUUCUGGUCUCUUAUUCUCUUCACUACCAUUUUCGCAUACAACUUCUACUAAAAUAAGUUCAGAUAUUAAAGUCGCAUCGCAUAAAAGUCGCGCGCAAUUGUUUCGCUGGAGAUGUGUAAGUGGAUUUUUGCUUUUGUUUUGGCUCUUUCAGCUCUAGGUUUAAAUCUAGUAUACGGUUCUGCUCCUACACGAUACCUCCCAGAUUAUCCAUCUUGAUCCUACGAAAACAAACAGAAUUAGACUAACAAAGCUAAAAACUCUACAGCGCAUCCAAUGGUUGUUCUACCCAGUAAUGGGAGUCGCCAUCUUCAUGGUAUCAAACGUGAGCAUGAUCACGAUCAUGUUUACGAAGCCAUUCCCAAAAACACAAACGGCAGUACCACCGACACUCAUACGCACCAGCACAAGAAAAAGAAGAAUCAUCAUCAUCAGCAUCGAGAUGCGCAGCAGAAUGGUGAAGGCGAAAAGAAGAAGAGGCAAAGGUCAAAACGCAAUUCUCGUGAAUCGCAGGAGGAAGAAGAUACAUUGAUGAGUGGAGGUCUAGGGGAGACAAGCGCGGAAUUGGGAGAACCAAUUUUACCUCCUGCGCGCGAUUCCCACCAGUCAACACCUACAAUGCACAAGGCCAUGAGGGAAAAGCAUCGAAAUGCAAGUGAAAGCAAAAAAAAGAAGAGCAAGUCCAAGGGUCCAAAGGCUGUACAUUUUGAAGGACUGAGCAAUGGUCAUACUCAAAAUGGUGGAGAGAAGGCGGAAGCUGAGGGAGCCAAGAUGAAUGGUGAUCCGGCUCAGCGCAGAACAUCGAUCUUACCCGUUCGAUCUCACAUUCCAAUCUUACCACAGACCUCCAGCCCGAUACUUCCUCCCAUACGUCCAAGAAGAUACUCCAGUAACGGACAGACACCCAUUCUCCCACCAGCCUCUCCAAGUCGUUUGAAUCUUCUCCGCGUUUCUCCCAUAGCUUCAACUCCAAUUUUACCACCAACUUCACCUUUCAGAAAGAGGCGUCGCUCUACUGGCAAUGCAUUUUCUCAACCACCACCAACCUUUUCGGUAGAGUCCCCUUCCUUGCAAGCUAGUCUGCCAGCGUCCAGCGAAUCAGCUGAGCCUAAGCGUAAGGAUGAUGAUUGGGAGUUUAGCACUGGAAAAAUUCGUGCAAUGGUCGGUAAUCCCAUGGAAAAGGAUGCACAACGUGAAGAGAGUAAGUCGAAUCACCUAAACCCAACAUUUGACUCCUGCUAAUAUGCUUCCGCCCACUCAGACAUCGCAUUCUCAUCCAACUAUAUCCGAUCGCCAAUGCGCCAAUCGCAAGGUAUCAAUGUAGCAGGCGUCAAUUUCAACACCAUCUAUCUUAAAAGCCGUGAAACUAUCGUCUUGAAGGACAAGAAUAAUGGACUUCAAGUUUGUUCAGUGGCUCAAGGUAGCAUAUGGGUGUCCCUUGGAACCGAAAAAUUUCGCAUAUCUAAAGGUGGCAUGUGGCGUGUUAGAGAAGGCGAGAAAUGCUCGGUCAAAAACCAAGACAGUCAGGAGUGUAUCCUACACAUGACUUCCAUUCCAAGUGCUUCUGCAUUGAUUUGAUUUUUUGUUGUCAGGGGAGAUAACAACUGCCUCAAGCGUUUACAGGGUCCUUGAUCACUAUUGAACCUGCCUGUCGUAGACCCAGCUGAUGGUUGAUUUUGCGUGCGAUGCUUCUGAUGGUUCCUUCAGGAUAUUAUCGCAGUUGCUAUUGGAACCAAUCGUCUUUUCUGAUACGGUAGCGUAGCUGCGCAUACUUUUCUCCCAUUGUUGGUACACGAGCAAAGGGUAGUCAGAAGCGCAUGCCUGGGAUGUACUGCAUACGGAAAGGAACUUACUUCAAUUGUAUCCGCAACGCAGGGAAGGAAGUUUGCUUAUUUAGGAAGGCUGGGGCUCGUGAUAUAGGAAUGCACAUACUAAAAUUCUACGUAAAUUCUCAUCGGCAGAGCAAAGAAACUUCCGUUUUGGGUGGCCAAUAUUUUCCGAGAUUCUCUUGACUCGGCCAAGAUUGAAAACUCGACUGAACUGAAUAUUCCAUGAAUAAUCAUCCGCUGCCCAGAAUGUCUCAUACUCCGUAAGGACAAACUAAUUUUCGUUGUGGCGUUCACUUAGUCAGAUGGGCAGCUGAAACCAAUCAAAAAUUCUCGUUUCGCGAAAUGAUCCUUCUGGGAAUCUGGGCCUAAGC